CGAGAAGGAUGCAGAUGCAUUGUGGCUUUUAGCUUUUUACUAGCACUGACGCCUUUGUCAAGGUUCCAACGUCGGGCCAGACAAACUAGGAGCACGCUAUCAGGCUACCUUGCUAACCUCAGACUCCGCAGCCUGUUGCGUCAGACGCAACCACAAAGCGAAGCCUUCUCACGCCUUGAGGUCACUUUGGAGGCCUCCGUCAUCAUCUCCAGCUCAGGUCGGUGGAGGCCGAGCGUUCCUCUGUCAUGGCAUCCAACAGCAUCUUUGACUCCUUCUCCAACUACAGCAGCGGUCUGCUCAGAGAGCCGCCCACCACCAGACGGUUCACGCCGCCUUCCGUGUCCUUCACCUGUAGUAAACUCGCAGACGCCAACGGGGCCAUGGCCACCCCUGGCCCGCUCAGGGCGAGAACCGACACCAGGAAUGUGGUGGACGUCCUGGCGGACCACGCCGGCGAGCUGGUCCGCACCGACAGUCCCAACUUUCUCUGCUCAGUCCUGCCGUCUCACUGGAGGUGCAACAAGACUCUGCCCGUGGCUUUUAAGGUUGUGGCCCUUGGCGAUGUCCCUGACGGCACUCUGGUCACGGUCAUGGCCGGGAACGACGAGAACUACUCGGCCGAGCUGAGGAACGCCUCCGCCGUGAUGAAGAACCAAGUGGCCCGCUUUAACGACCUGCGCUUCGUUGGGAGGAGCGGACGAGGGAAAAGCUUCACUCUAACCAUCACUGUUUUCACCGGACCGCCUCAAGUGGCCACUUAUCACCGCGCCAUCAAGGUCACUGUGGAUGGGCCACGUGAACCACGGAGGCACAGAGUGAAGAUGGAAGACUCUCAGAAGCAAUUUUCAGACAGGCUUUCAGAGAUCGAGCGCUACCAGCGAAGCAUGCGAAUAGGUCCGGUGAACAAUAAUCCUCGGCCCCUUCCGCAGAGCCACCUCAGCACCACACCAGCAGCCCUGUGGCAAGAUCAGAUAGACGCCCCUUCUCUGAAGACAUGCAAGGUGGAGGAGGACCUCAGACCAUGGCCAGGGACAACGGAUCUCUUCCAGCAGAGGACCACGUUUCCGUCCCCGCUGACCGACCCCCGCUUCUCAGACCCCCGUAUUCAUUACCCAGGGGCUUUCCCUUACUCCACCAACACUUCCAGCACCGGCAUCAGCGGCCUCAGCAUGUCGGCUCCGUCUCGAUACCACACCUACCUGCCGCCUCCUUACUCAAACAACCAGAGCCAGAACUUCCAAUCCAACUCCUACUUGUAUUACGGCACAGGAUCUGGGUCUUACCAGUUCUCCAUGGUGGCAAACGCCGGGGGCGAACGCUCCCCUACCCGUCUCCUCUCCUGCUCAGGGGCCUCGGGCGCCGGCGGAGCCAACAGCCUGAUGAACCCGGGCCUGAACAACCAGAGCGACGGCGUGGAGGCCGACGGCAGCCACAGCAAUUCCCCCACGGCCAUGAGCGCCUCGGGCCGUCUGGAUGAAUCCGUCUGGAGGCCCUACUGACUCGACGGGUAGAAAAGAUGAACAAAAUCCUGAACACUGAAAAGAAAAGCCCAAAAAAAAAAAGAUACAUGAUGCAUGUUUGUCUUUUCUUUCCAUAGCACUCGCUUAUUAAGACUUUCUGCAUUGGACCGCUGACGUAUUUUGUAAACUUUUUGCACUGUGCUAACAUAUGUACCCUUUAAGCCUAGCAUAUGAGCUGAGAGAAGCCAUAUAGUGGACAGACAGACAGACUCUGAGUCAGCCCUCAUGGGUGGAGGAGAGCAACCAGACUGAAUGUUUGCCCCGCGAGUGACUCAGACAAGGCUUGGCUGCACUGCUGUAGCGAUCAGUCUUUCUAAGCUUCCAUUUGGAAUGAUGCAAAAUUGUCAAAGAACACCUCCCGGUUGCAUCUUUGUAUGCACAAUUGCUUCUAAUUUAUUAUUCAAAUGGACCUCGCUGAUGCUGUACGCAGGUCGGCUCGGGCACAACGGACAUCCUCUGCUGUGAUGUCGGUCGUCAAGUUGGAGCAAAAAUGAUGGACAAUGUUUGGAGGCAUGUACAGAGGAGAGUUUUGUUUGAGUUUGUGCAGGAAUAAGCCUUUGCCUAUUGUUCAGGCCUUUUUUUUCCAUGAAAGAAAAAAAGUCUGGUGUUUUGCAACUGGAUGACACGGUUUACUUUUUGAUAUUUAUUUGAGCCAAAUUGUCAGGAAAUGUGCGCGUAUCCCCCUCUUCCUUAAAGCAUUUCUCUUCGUCGUUCCUCUUUUUAUAUCUCUAUAUUUUUUACAGUAUAUGCAUAUCGUGUUUUGUCGUUAAGUAUAGACAUUUGGAAUUCGUGUAAUAUAUUGCAACUAAAUUAUGAGAGAAAAAGAACCCGAAGCUUUAAUGUUAUUAUUUCGUUUUUCCAAUGUAGCUUUGAUGCACUAGAAAUCUUUAUUUUCGCCGAACCACGCCCAACAGACUUUGUUAGUGAGAUGGAUCGCUAAAGCCUUUUUUAUCCUUUCCCAAAUUUGAAUUUUAUCUUUCCUGCGCUUAAUAAGCCAUCUGCCUAAUUUUUGCACUAUUCCAAUAAUACCACCCCCCAAACCUAUUCAGUUUUUUUUUUUGUGUGUGUAUUUGUGUACAUAUUUGCUGGUAGCUCCUAAUGUAACUUCCAUGUACAUAGCGGCAUCACGGGGGGGGUCACAGCGGUAUCUUCUUACCGACACCAGCGGCAAUUAUGCCAAAGAAGAAGAAAGCUGUUAACUGCUCACAAACCCUUUGUUCUGGGUAAUCUGUAAGAACUUUGAAGUUCUUCUCGCCCUCAAUGUUGCUUUUGGACUAAUUUACCCGAUCAGUGGUGCCAGGGGCUCUUGACUCUGGCACUAUUUCAUACGCCCACACAGGAUCAUCUUCUGUGUAUCAGGUAUCGAGCUAAAAGAAGCUCUUCCGUAACGUGACUUAAAAAGUGUUUGCUUCCAAUGUGGGAGAAGAAAAAAUGAAGACCUUGUUUGCAGAGCGUCAUUAGAAAAAGUUGGCCCAUCUGACUUUGGGUACUUGUUGGAAGUCAUUCACGGCCUUAUUCCUUUGACUCAUUCCUGUCUCCUUGUGCUGAAGAGAAGAAGCACCUUCCCCGCUCCCCUUUUUAAUGUGGUUGAAGACUUUUAUUGUAGAAAGCAAUCAUGCAGCUAGAGGAAACCAAAACAAAUGGGGGGGAUAUGUGUAAAAAAUAGUAAAUGACGGCUAAAAUGUGUGGUAAGUCUGUAAAACUAGGAAGCCAAAUUGUACCAGUGAAUUGUAUUUUAAUGUAUAUCGGAUUAAAAGCCACGUUUGUUUCUUUUAAAAAGAAUUCCCUUUUUUUUUUCCAAUGUACCAAAAAACGUUUUGAUGCUCAAAGCAUGUACAUCUGAUGUUAAUUUAAAGAAUUCCUGUAUGUAUUAAUAUCAUUCAUGUUUCCAUAUGAGUGCUUGUAAAGUUUGCAGAAAAUGUAGUUUUUAAUAACUGUAAUUAAAACUAAUGUGUUACAA